AUGGCAGAAGUGGAACCUUAUCCUUUGCAUCGUGCUGCAUUCUUAAAUGAUGCGCAAACAAUCGCACUACUGAUUAAAGAUGGCGCAGAUUUAUGCAAGCAGGAUCUGCAGGGCAAUACGGCAUUGCAUAUUUCAACAAUGCUUGGACACAAAGAAGCAACAUCCGUUUUGCUUGCUCAUAAUGCUCCUGUGAAAGUGAAAAAUAGAGAUGGGUGGAAUAGUUUAAUGGAAGCCGUUAGCUAUGGUGAUCGUCAAAUAAUCACGGCAAUGUUGAGGAAAUUAAAAGCUCAGUCGCGGGAAAAUAUGAUUGCUCGAAAACCUCACUUACUGAAAAUGCUAUCUGAAUUUGGCGACUUUUAUUUGGAACUGAAAUGGGAUUUCCAGAGUUGGAUUCCUUUCCUUUCCAAGGUGCUUCCCUCUGAUGUCUGUAAAAUAUAUAAGCGUGGGACUAACUUAAGGCUAGACACAACACUGGUUAAUUUUAAUGAUCGAUCAUGGGAACGUGGCAAUAUAUCUUUCAUUUUCACUUCUGAUCCAGAUCGUCCAAAAAAUACGCUUUUAAUUUUAGAUCAUGAGACUAAGGUCUUCCAACGCAUAAGGCAUGAAGAAUCGGAAGCUGAGUUGGAUGAAGAAAUAGAUGUAUUAAUGUCUUCUGAUAUAAUUAGUGCUCAAAUGUCUAUGAAACCGAUAAUGUUUGAAAGAACUAUGAGUGGUUGGAUUUUUAAGCACGAAAAAUUAGAACAGGUAGGAGAUUAUGAUGCUAUAUAUUACAAUGUUGCUGGUAUGUCGUUGGUUACUCGUAAAAGGAGGGAACAUUUAACAGCGGAUGAUAUUAAGAAGAAUAAGGCUUUCAUGCAGAAUCUUGCUGUUGGAUCCUUGAUGGCAGAGGAUGAAUUCAUAAGUCUGCAACAUCGAAAAAGUUUGCCACCGCCAGGAAAGGUAUCAGUUACAUGGGAAGAGUAUAUUGGUGCUGCUCCUGGUCUCGCUCCUCAGUUGGGACGAGUUCAAGUUAUCAAACAAAAUACUAAGAAUUUCAAAGCUCUUGUAGCCAUGUCCGAAGAUUUUCCUUUGUCAAUAAACGUUUUGCUGGAUAUCCUUGAAAUUGUUGCUCCCUUCAAACAUUUAGAUAAACUAAGAAAUUUCUGCAAAGUACGGUUACCGCCUGGUUUUCCAGUUCGUGUUGAAAUUCCUCUUCUACCAACAAUAUCAGCCAAAGUGACAUUCCAGAAAUUUGUGUUCCGCAAUGAUUUAACUUUGCGAAUGUUUAAAGUACCGAAAUCUUACCGUGAGGAUCCUAAUCGUUUUCCGGAACUUUAA